AUGAAGAUUCUUUAUAUCGGAGUCCUACAGAAUGCCCAGCAGCCGGCGGUGGAGCUGUGUGCGGAGCGCGAGCUCAGCAGCUACUCGCGCUUCACCAGGGGUAGCAUCAGCGAGUUCAUGACCAUGUUCAGCAAGACGGUCGCCGAAAGAACAAAGCAAGGCCAGAGACAAGAUAUCCAAGAGCAAGGCAAGUAUUUCACAUUCCACGUGUAUGCGCGGACCCAAGGCAUCGCCGGUGUCAUUAUCAGCGACAAUGAAUACCCCUCUCUUGCCGCCCAUCAGAUCCUUUCCAAGGUCCUUGAUGAGUUCCUCACGCUCAACCCCAACGCAGGCACCGCCACCCAGCCUGUCUCCUUCCCCUCCUUGAAGACAUACAUCUCGGCGUACCAGGACCCACACCAAGUGGACAGUAUCAUGAAGAUUCAGAAGGAGCUGGACGAGACCAAGAUUGUUCUCCACAAGACUAUCGAGAGCGUCUUGGAGCGUGGAGAGAAGAUUGACGAUCUGGUUAAUAAGAGUGAGGGGUUGUCUUCGCAAUCGAAGAUGUUCUACACCUCUGCGAAGAAGCAGAAUAGCUGGUAA